AUGGAAUGAAACUUUUGACUUAUCUUAUGAGGUCUGAUUAUUGCUUCUCUUGCUUGAUUUAUAAUUGUAAAAGUUUCUGGACGAAAUCUUUCAUUGCGAGACCACAAGCCCUCAACAGUUCCAGGAGACCAUCAGUGGGUUUCAAUAUCUCAAACCUCAUUAUCGACUUGCAUCGUAAAAUUUAUUUUAGUUUUGCAAUAAAAAUUUAGAUGGCUGAUUCCAAUUAAAUGGAGUUCAAUGUCAAGUUUGCCAAGUUUCAUCUCAUCUUUUAUGCUCCAGAAAUCUCAAAGGUUGUAAGCAAGUUAGUGAAAACACUUUUACCGAUUUCUUCUAUCAUCAAUGGCAAGAAAUUUAUUUACCUCUAACUGCGAAAUGUAUAAGGUGCAAUUCUUUGUGUGGGAGUGCAUAUGAAAUAAAAAGUUUCCAAUGCUUAUGAUGCCAAAAAACGGUUCAUCAAAAAUGCUGUGAAUUUGCUGAUAAAAUUUGUAGCCCUCCCAGCUAUGCUAUUUUGCCUGCUUUUGUUCAGAUGAAUCCUUUGAAGAUUAAAAAAUUGAACCCAAAGGCAACUCCUGUAGUGGUUGUUAUAAAUCCGAAAUCAGGAGGGCAAGUUGGACAUAUGGCAUUAAGGUCAUUUUAUUCGUUUUUGAAUCCUAUUCAAGUAUUAAAUGUUUAUCAAGGAGGAUUAGAAAGAUUGAAAGCUUUUCAAGGAAUCAAAAAUCUUACUCCCCCUCCUUAAGCUAUAGCGCUUUCCCGAGGAUGGCGCGGAAUGGCGCCAUCCUCGGGAAAGCCAGGAAGGCAUCCACACGGGAACUGGGAGUUCCACGUGUGGAUGCCAUUUUGACAUGUGGAAGUUUGGAUCCCACAUGUCAAAAAUGGCAUCCACACGUGGAACUCCCAGUUCCCGUGUGUGGAUGCUUAGUUGACUUUCCCGAGGAUGGCGCCAUUCCGCGCCAUCCUCGGGGAAAGCACUAUAGCAAAUCAUUGAAAAAAUCCCUAUUUUUGGUAAAAAACCCACCCUCCGUUGUUGAAUAAAAUUUUUUAUGGAAAAAAUAUUUUGAUAUAUAAUUGAUAAUCAGCAUAAUGAAAUGCCUAGCUAAUUCUGUUAAAUUUUAAACAUUAGCAUUUUAAACAUAAAUUUGACAAAUUAAAUUAAUCUUGACUAUUUUAAAUUAAAAAAAAUGAUUAUAAAAUUUAUAUAUAAAUCUUUAAACAACAAUAUUAAACCUCGAAUUAAAAAUAAUUUUUUUCAAUUAUGGGGGAGUUAGAAUUUUAGCAGCAGGAGGAGAUGGGACUGUUUCGAGGUUGUUAAGCUUUUUAUAUGAUGAAUCAAAUUGGGAACAAGAAAUUCCUCCUGUGGGGAUUUUCCCCCUUGGUACAGGAAACGAUCUUGCAUUUACACUAAACUGGGGUAAAGGAGUUAGCUCCAGAGAAUCCAAAAAUUUUGAAUCUAUGAAAGAAGUUUCUAAAAUUUCCUUAAAAUCACUAUUCAGUGCCUAUUCAACUUAUUUACUCCCCCAAACAAAAAUUCUGCUCCAGUUAAAAAGGAUUUAAUUAUUUUUUAGAAAAUUGUAGUUAUAAAAAGUUUUAUCGAUUCAAAGUCCUAAAAUUCUUUAAAUAGAAUUUUACUUGCUUUUCCCCAUUUAAAAUAGAUAAUUUAAAGGCAAUUUUUGAUUUUUUCAAAAUUAAAUCAGAUAGCUAUUUAUAUAAUAAAUAUUGAUUUCCAAUAAAAAAUUAAAUUUUUAAUCCAUUUUAAAUGCUAAAUAGAAAAAUGGAUUUUUACCGACAUUUUAUUCCAAUUGAAAGGCGAAGAGUCAGAUCGUUGAAAUAUUUCCAUAUGCACCUCAAAGUCAAAAAAAUCUCAAAUCAUGUGCAACUAUCUCGGCUUAGGUGUCGAUGCAAAAAUUGCACACGAUUUUCAUUCGCUCAGAGAAAGUAGGCCUUAUCUCUUUCAAAGCCGAAGCGGAAAUCGAUUAAUUUAUAGCCAACUUGGAGGGAAAGAGUUUUUCAAUAGAAUGUGCAAGAAUUUUAGCAGUAGACUGACUGUCAAAUGUGACAGAGCUAAGCUAAAGCUGCCAAAUUUAGAAGGAAUCAUUUUUCUAAAUAUUGAAAGCUAUGGAGGUGGGGUAGAUAUGUGGGGAGACUCUGAGAUGCUGUCAGAAUCUAGUGCCAGUGAAUCUGUGACAAGCCCUGGCAAAAAAGAAUAUGCUGUAUGGAGAAAGCAGUUUAGAAAUGAUAAUAUGAUCGAGCUUAUAGGAGUCACCAGUGCAUUUCAUCUAGGAGAAUGCCAAGUUGGACUAUCACAAACCAUUAAAUUAGCUCAAGGAAGGAGCUUCACAAUUGAAAUAAAAGGAAGAGGGAAGAUUCCCAUACAAAUUGAUGGGGAGCCUGAGAUAUUCAAAGGGCCGGCUACGAUUGAAAUUGAGAGAAAGGAUCAAGUCCACAUGCUGUCAAGAACAACAGAAAGGUUUCAUAAGGUCGCAAGAAAAGUUCAAGAUGUGCUGAACUGGGCUGAGGAGACACACAUUUUGGAUAGCAACCAAAAAAUGCUUUUACUGCAAGAAUUUUCGAAAAGAAGCAGAAUUUAA